GAAACUGGUAAUCCAGUUAGACACGACUAACAAGGUACCACUACUUAACAUGGCAGCUCUUGGACCAUCCUACUUCAGCCUGACACCUGAAGAGGGCAUCCGGGAUUGUGAAUACUUCUUCCCCCCAAAGGAAGAAACAUUUGAGGAAGAAGAAGAGGGUGAGGAGGAGGAGGAAGGGGAAAGGGAGGAAGAAGAGGAAGAUGAAGAGGCAUUCCUGGCAGCUGAGGAGGCUAAACUGAGGGGAGAAGAACCAAUUCCAGAAGAAGGAGAAGAAGAAGCCAAGGAAGGAGAAGAGGAAGGUGCAGAGGAGGGCGCAGCCACAGACGAAGGCACGGCUGCAGAAGACGGUGCAGCAGCUGCACCAGAGGAAGGUGGAGUGCUGGCUGCAGAGGUGCCUGCAGGAAUGGAGCAGGAGGCAGCCCCAGCCCCUGCCCCUGCCGCAGACACGGCUCCGGCAACAGAACCGAGCUCCGAGGCAGGAGAUGGUCCGGAGGCGGCAGCUGCCACUCCACAGGAGGAGGACCAAAAGGCUGAAGGAGAGGCACCGCCAGCCUAGCUUCUCUGUUUGUCUGUGCUGGCUAUUGUUACAUGUGAUCUGUCAGUAUAAUAGAAAAUAAACUGUUUGACAGUA